AUGAUAGAAGAAACACACCCUAACGAUGACAGCUACAUCGUGCGUGUGAAAGCAGUGGUGAUGACUCGGGACGACUCGAGUGGGGGCUGGCUGGCCCAGGAUGGAGGAGCACUGAGCCGGGUGGGAGUGUGUCGCCUGCUUCCUCCAGAGCUCACAUCAUCACUAGCCACAAGCACCCACAGCCGCUGCCAGUUCCUCAUCCACGGAGAACGUCUGCCGGACAAACAGGUGAUUCUGGACUGUCCCCUGAGGAAGGACCUGGUGUACACGAUUGCUACACCUACAUUUCACCAUUGGAAAGUGGAGGAUCGGAGGUGUGGUCUGUCCUUCCAAAGUCCUGCUGAUGCCAGGGCUUUUGACAGAGGAGUCCGGAAAGCUAUAGAAGACCUGGCUGAAGGCUCAACAACGUCAUCCACAGCACUCCAAACAGAGGGCGAACUUGGUGAUGAUGAUGUCUUUACUAAUACCACAGACAGCUCAUCCAACUCCUCCCAAAAGCUGGAGCUUUCCCUGCAGCCGCUAGAGUCGUCACCACUUCCUCACAGACAACGGUGCAUGCUGGGACAUCGCCAUGACUACACUCGCCAUGACUACCCACGCAAUGAUCUCCAUGACCCUUAUCGCCUCUCGGACCACUACUUCCUGGAACAACCCCUGUCCCGGAUCCCCCGGCGUGUCACCUUCCAAGAGGAUGAAGAAAUAGUCCGCAUUAACCCUCGGGAACGUACCUGGGAGCAAACAACAGAGCGAUUGCAUGGUGGGCGGUCGGAGCGCUCUUGGCUCACUGGUUAUGAGGACUAUCGCCAUGCCACAGUGCGGGACAAGUUCAUCCAAAUGGAAGACACAGAGUCCUAUGUAGACUUUGCCAAAACACAGAAAGACUACUACACUUAUCCGCUUGCACCAACUCUGUCCCCCUCAGACUCUGACCCUGCCCUCGGACCCUUGCCUAUUAAGGGCCACAGUGGCUCUUGUCAUCAUGGCUUCACACCUGUGAUCUCCACUCAGCCGCGCCCAUACCUUCCUGGCUCCUCUCCCUCCACCAAUGGUGGAAAGAGCAGGAAACCUGAUGGCAUGGACCGAGCCCAGUGUGAGCACUGUGGUGAGGCCUUUUACCUCUCUGAGAACCGCAGAGGCCGCUGCCAGGACGCCCCAGACCCGGUGCGGGUGUGUAUCCGUCGGGUCAGCUGCAUGUGGCUGGCAGACACCAUGCUGUACCACUGCAUGUCUGAUCCGGAGGGCGACUACUUGGACCCCUGCUCCUGUGAAGGCAGCGAGGGCAGUGGUGGGGGCCGGGUGGGCACACGUUGGCUGGCCCUGUUUGGUUUGUCUUUGGUGGCGCCCUGUCUCUGCUUGUACCCCCCUCUUCACGCCUGCCACAGGGCGGGGCUUACAUGUGGCUGCUGCGGAGGAAGUCACAAGGCCAUGAGUUGA